CCCGCCCCGGCCUGCCCGGGCCCGGCUGGCACUCGGCGCCCCCGCCAUGGCGGGGCUGGGGCAGGGGCAGGGGCAGGCCGGUGCGGGGAAGCCGCCGCCGCCGCUGCUGGUGAAAAUCGUGAUGGCCGGGGAGUCCUGCGUGGGGAAAACCUCUAUCGUGCGGAGGUACACGGAGCCCGGCUCGCCGCCCGCGGGGGCUCCCACCUCCUCCUACUUGGCCACCAUCGGCAUUGAUUUUAAAGUAAAGCCAGUAACGUUUAAUGGUACAAGAGUGAAACUUCAAAUAUGGGAUACUGCUGGCCAGGAACGUUUCCAUACACUCAGUACUAGCUAUUUCCGUGGUGCACAAGGCUUUGUUCUUGUAUAUGACAUUACAAAUCUGGACAGUUUUCAAGGUAUAACAAGCUGGAUGAAAGACAUACAUGAGAAAGCAGGUGAUGAAGUGGACGUAAUACUGUUGGGCAACAAGUGUGAUAAGGAGUCAGAACGUGUAGUUCCAAAACAGAAAGGAGAAAAGCUUGCUUGGGAACAUGGCAUACCCUUUUUUGAAACCAGUGCUAAAGAUAAUGUGAACAUUGAGGAUGCAUUCUCAGUCUUGACUAACGAGAUACUGGAAAAGGUGUUACAUCUUCUCCCCCAGCAGUGUGCACUGUGGAAGCCCCCCUGGGUACCUGCAGCCCCCAGGGAGGAAUGGUCCCAGCCACUCUCUUUGUGGGGGUGGCCCUGGCACAGGGCAGUCAGCACCCUGGGAGAGCUAAAACUACGGCUAAGAAGGAAAAAGGAAAUAAAUUUCAUACAUCUUCUCCAGAAUUUUCAGUAGCAUUAAAUAUUCUCAGCCAAAGAUGCAUAAGGCUUAUGGCUUUUUAUUUUCCCCUUGUUUUUUUAUUUUCCCCUUGUUUUGAUUCAUCUGAGUAAUUUUAGGUGAACCUUUCUGGAUGUAAUCAAUGUUCAGCUACCCUGUAACGUUGUAUGUGUAAGUUCUUGAUUCUGAAUCAUGAUUAGCAUUGCACUACAUAAUGCCUUUUUUUCCCUCCUCUUUUUUUUUUUUUUUUUCCUGUGCUUUGAAUUUCCCAAAUUACAGCUUAGAUAGCUGUCCUCUGGAAGCUUCUUUUUAUUGUCAGAAAUGGUUGUUCAUGGCUGUUGGGUUUAGGUUGAGAGAGGAAUGUGGUGAAUCCAGUGGUUGCACUUCUCUGUGUCAUUACAUACUUGGUAAACCUGCCAAGAAAUAGGCAGGAGAAUGGCAAGUAGAGAAGUUAGGUCAUUUUUUUCCUAUGCACGUGACAAUAUUCUCUAUGUCUUUGUGCCUGAGUUCAGGGUUCAGUGUUCAUAGUUUUAGAGCCCAAGAUUGCAACAUGUGCUCCUACUGCAUUGCACAAAUUGGUUUGAUUGUGUCUCUGGUCAGCACUAAUUAACUAGUUGAGUUUAUUGCUGAAAGGAAGAGUCCUGGGUUUGCUUUUUUUUUUUUUUUUUAAAAUCAGCUUUUGCAAUCAGGACAUAAAAGUUUCACAAGGGUGGAAUGCUAUUUUCAUAGUUUAUCUUGAUAAAGACUGAGUUGUCUCCAUUUGGGGGUAUUCCUGGUUAUUAAACAGAGUCAAGAAAAUAGAGAAUUUUAGUGAAUUUCACCAAACAAGGUAACAUCCUUUAUAACAAUUAAUAGCCUGUGCCUUUUUUUAAUGGGUACUUAUGUGCUGUAUUUACUGAUUCCUUUCAACUGGAUUUUUGCACCCCGUGCUCAAUCCUUCAAAGAUUAGUGUACUUAACUGCAAAUUUGUGAAAACCGGUAUAGUCAGCAGAAGAACCUUUGCAUCUAGAACCGUUCAUGUGAGUAAAGAUUUACAGGAUUAGUUCAUACAGUUUUUAGUGUCUCCUCAAAAGACACUUUCUAUCAUCUGUCAUCUUCAGCGUUAAGAGAGAUGCUUGAGGCAGCUAAAGAAUGUAAAUAUACCAAGCUGGGACUUGCAUGGGCAUCAGUCUCCAUCUAAUUUACUAGAAAACUGCAAUCUUUUAAUUAAAUAUUCAAAGGAAGAAUAUAUCCAGUGACCCUACCAAAUCUGUUACACAUUAAAAUAUGUGAAAAUUUAAGCUUUUUAACUGUUGUGUUCUUUUUAUCUUAAUUAAGUGUUUACUUUUGUUUGU